AGGGCAACGAGAGCAAAUUGGAAAGUGCACACCUUCUUCUGAUCUCGACAAGGCAAGGUGACUAAUGAACUCCUGUCAAAAGUUAGCCAUCAACGCCGGUCAGUCGACAAUGUAAAUGUCAUCGCUGGUACAAGACAACGGUCCUAUUUCUGUAUGUUUUUAUCAUAACAGAAACAUGCUUCCAUUUGGGCAUAAUCAUUACUUUAGUGAGCUCUAAGGAUUUUAUAAAAGAGAUAAACAGAUAUAAACGGUACAGCAGCAGAAGACGCAAUUGGCGCGGGAAAAUGUUUUAACGGGAUGAAAAUGACGUCGAGUCGGAAAUGAAAGAGAUGUCAAUUUUACCUGCACCACUUUAAGUUUUUUUAAAGGGAUGUUUUCUGAUGAUGGUUGAUUUUCAAUGAAAAAUCAUGAAAAUCAUAUACCUUAAGAGGCGACUCUCUAGAAGGCUAUUCCUGUACGGGAUUUUAGUGCUGGCGGUGGUGCCAUUUCUGUUUGUCAUCGUUGGUCAGCUGACAGUGGACUCUGGCAACGAGAGAGGAAAGGAGAAAAGAAUACUUAGCAGGCAUAUCUUUAUGCUCAAUGACCCUGUGCAGAGGAGAUUUGAGGAGAGAAACAAACAUUUAAGAGAAGAAUGCUCAAGAUUGAAAAAUUAUUACGUUGCUCAAAAUUCAGAGGCAGCCGUCAAGGAACAUCUAGUCGUUAAUCGAAAAAAUAAAAUUGUAUAUUGUGCAAUCGAAAAGAUAGGGUGUACAUUUUGGAAGCGAAUUUUUCAGAUAUUGAGUGGUUGGAGAAAUGUGAGUAAUCCAUUUAGCAUUAAAGGAAUCCAAGCUUAUGAGGGAUUCUCCACCGCCAAACGACUUCCGUUUGACAAAAUUUAUCAGUUACUGCGCAUGUCAACAAAAUUCAUGUUUGUAAGAGAACCUUUUGAAAGAUUACUCUCGGGGUACGUGGAUAAAAUUUAUUCCCCAAACACAGCAUAUUGGAAUUUCAUUGGAAAACAUAUAGUAAAAAAUUUCCGUGAAAAUCCUUCUAAUGUAAGUCUUGAAUGUGGACAUGACGUUACAUUUCCAGAGUUUGUGGAAUAUUUCAUUUACUCCCAGAACUCUAAUGAGCGCCGAGAUGCACAUUUUGUCCCAAGUUUUGAGCACUGCAGACCUUGUGAAAUAGAUUAUGACUACAUUGGAAAACUUGAAACAUUCCAAGAAGAUACAUUUCAUAUUUUGAAAAAACUUGAUUUAGAAGACAUGAUUAAAUUUAGCGAUUUUCAAAAUGAAACUGAAACCGAUGCACUUAUAGACACAGUGGAUUAUGUUUAUUCAAUGAAACGCUCCAUACUCAAUUGUAUGACAUUUACCAAAGGGCUCUACCGAGCAUGGAGAAAACUUCAAAUACGUGGAAUUUUAAGUAAGAAUGUCAAGUUUCCAUUCCCAGUUGACAGAGAUGUGAAUGUCACCCCAGAACAGUUCAGGGAAGCUUUAUUUAAAGCGCAUGCGCAAUCAGGGGAUAAAAAAUCUCGCAAGAAGAACCGCGAGGAAGCCAUGUUGGAGGCGUACAGCAGAAUUAGCCCCGUGUUAAUGGAGAGACUGAGAGAUGCUCUGCUUAUAGAUACGUCUCUUUUUGGAUACGAAAAAAUACCGAAAAAAUUACUAGACCUUAAAUACACCGUCCCGGAUGGUGGUGGUUUCCGGUACUUUGACAACAUUUGACAGUACGGUCUUCCAAAAAUAUCAUUAAUAUUAGA